AUGGCAGAAGUGAAUGUAAUUUCCUCAAGUAUCAUACCAGGUAACAUAAACCAAUCGGAACGAACAAAGAUCCAUCUAACCUCAUCUGAUCUCAACCUUCUUCAAGACGAUUAUUCUCAGAGAGGUCUUCUCUUCCACAAACCCGACCCGGAAAACCGUUUCAUCUCUCAACUAAAAACCUCUCUUUCUUCUGCUCUAGCGAUCUACUUCCCGUUCGCUGGUCGUCUUGUCAAAGUUGACAAUCAUAAAGAUCACACGGUGUCGUUUCACGUCGACUGCAACAACUCCGGAGCCAAAUUCGUCCACGCCAUAGCCGAAUCUGUAUUGGCAAGCGAUUUUCUUCAACCUGAUGGCUCUGUUCCCGGAUUUUUAAGGGCUUUCUUCCCCAUGAACGGUGUCAAGAGCAUAGACGGCAUUUUAGAACCCUUGCUUGCUAUGCAAGUCACCGAGAUGAAAGAUGGAGUCUUUAUUAGUUUCGGUUACAAUCACAUGGUGGCCGCUGGUGACUCGAUCUGUAAUUUCUUGAGCGCUUGGAUAAAGAUUUUCUCCAAUGGUCAACGGGAGAAUCUUUAUCAGCCUCUUGUCCUCAGAGGAUGGUUCCUCGAUGGAAUCGAUUCUCCGAUCCAUAUUCCGGUUUCGAAGAUAGAGACAAAGACGGCGACAAGUGAAAUUUCGACCGAAGAGAGAGUCUUUCACUUCACCAAGAAGAACAUUUAUGAUCUGAACACAAAAGUCAACGACGAGAAUGGAUCAAGUGACCAGGAAGUCUCGUCUCUUCAAGCGGUCUCCGCACAUUUGUGGCGAUCAAUCACUAGACACAGUGGUCUAAACAGAGAAGAAGUGGCGCGUUGCGUAGUAGGAGUGGAUUUGAGACAGAGGCUUGACCCUCGGCUUGAGAAAGAGUGUUUCGGGAAUGUGAUCUAUGGUGCAAUAGCUUCAGCUACAGUUGGAGAGCUGCAAGAUCGUGGCUUAGGGUGGGCUGCAUUGCAAAUAAGUAAAAUGUUGACAAAUGAAGAUUAUAGAAAUGUAAAUAUUCCAAAAUCUGGUGGUAGACUAGCUGGUAAUUCUAUAGUUCUCUCAGGCUCUCCUUGGUUUGAAGUGUAUGAUAGCAAUUUCGGUUGGGGCAGACCGAUCGCAGCUCAACCUGGACCGGGUAAUAGUAUCAGUGGCAAACUUGUACUUUAUCGUGGGGUCGAAGAUGGAAGUAUUGACAUUCAUGCCACCUUAUUUUCUGAUAUGCUUGUGAGUUUAUUGGUUGAUGUUGAAUUUAUGGAGAAUGUGAGUAUUACAUGA